AUAUUUUAUGAGCGUUCAGUUUGGUUUAAAUAACAGAGAGACGAUCUGCAGAUAACACGAUUCUUUUAGAGUAACAUCAGCUACUAGUCGGUGUCUGUGGCUCAGUGAUCCUAGCUCAGGCUAGUGCAGUUGUGUUAGUUAUAAAUGGACUCAGCAACUCGUUCUGUAAUGAUUGAGCUAAUGUAACUGUUUUAAACCUACAGAUUUAGUUCAGUAGCUGGUAAUCAAUAUCACAUGCAAAUCAAAACAUAUGGAUACAGGAGAAAGCACAGAAUCUUCAGUAAAUCAGGACAGGAACGAUCCAUUCUGCAGAUUUAAUAGAGAACAAGUGGAUGUGCUGCUGGAUAUCAGUGAGGAAAGCUCUCUGAAAGAUCAGGAUGGGUACGAGUUCAUCACCCAAACAGGCUGGCAUGAGGCUAUCCAAGGUUGGGGUCGAUGUUCACCAUUUUCCUGCAUAUUUCAAGCUCAACAAAAAGGCAAAAGGGUCAAAUCAGAGGUCAUAGACCCCCACUGCCUUCUUUGUGCUGAUCUGAAAAAUGUUAAACUCUCAGAGAUCCAUGUUCCCGAGCGUAAUGCCACAGAACUGUCCGCUGAGACUGCUCCUGAGCCUUUAAAAAACACGGUUCCUCUGUCUUAUGAUCAGCUUAGGAGAACGUUCAGUACGGUUUCCACUUCUUCAGAGGAAGAACAGUCUGAUUUCACUAGUCAGGAAAGGUGCAUCAAGCCAGAACGUCUUGGAAAUAAACUGUUGUUAAGAUCCGAACAAUGCACACAUAGCAAAUCACUACCUCACCCAAUUCAACCCGAUCCUUCAUGCUUGUUCCUGAAAGAUAAGAAAGUAGGGAAGGUGGCACUAACUGGCAACCUUCUUGUAUUGCCUCCAGUUAAAGGACAAACAAUUUCAAUUGCAAAUUUAGGAAUCUCAAAUAUUUUGAAGAAGAAGGAGGUUCAUCAUCUACUCCCAGCUGAUGAGGAGGGUAGCGUUGUCGCUCCAUGUAGUGCCACAGGAUCAGCUAUGGUUGUUGAAAAAAUGAAUUCAGAUUUCAAGCCAACUGUUGACACAUUUCAAGGAUCUUUCACCUCCAAGGAGGUAUCAGUGCAAAACAAGUAUCAACUGCUGUCUGCAUUGAGCAUCCCUGUGUCCAGGAGGGGUCAGAUGCCGAUCAACACCUUGACAGACACUCUACCUCGUGCCACCUGCUUUUCACGAAACCUCAGACAGGACGAGCGUAUCAGGUCACCUCUAAGACACAACUCUGGGCAUAGACCCCAUUCAGGCAUCAGGGCUAGAACUAUGAGGAAAACAGAAGCAGAGCUUCCCAUGCUGUUUGGCACCAGGGUACUGAUACCAGUGUCUACUCAGCGAUUAUUGUAGCUGUUCCUGUUAAUGCUCACACUGUCCAAAGGGCAUUAAAGAUCAGUGUAUCUUAUAAAGAUAAGCAAUUUAUGUGCAACUUCAA